UUGGAGGCAGCCAUGAGGAAAGGAAGUAAGAGUCAUCACGAGGGCGGUCGUAGCGCAGUGAUUAAGGGAGCGGAUUCACGGCCAAAAGGUACGGAGUUCGCGCCCGGCUCCCAGCGGAAUUCACCAAUGGGUUUUCAUAUGAAAACUUAAACAUUUUUUCUCAUCCCUCAUAGCAUGCCAAACACUAAGGUGGCCCAAAGUACUUUUCCCUAAGGAUUAACCCUGAUCAACUCACACAGAACUGUACGGAACAAACGGUUAUUUUUCCUAUUUGAAAAUAUGGCGGUGAGCGUUGUUGCUUUCUUUCCAUUCGCGGGCAAUAUUGGAAAUGCUCCAAUUUCUAUUCACUAGGCUGCAGCGGAAACCGACGAAUCAGAGUCUUCGAGACGAGUUACGAGAUGCUGACAAACCACAAAACUGGGAUGUAAAGUGGCUUUUAUGGGUAAACAUCAUAACUUUUUAUAAAAAAAAAGAACUCCAAUGCUACAAGAUCAUUGUCUCAAUAUGGAUCAACAUCUCAUAGAACAGUUUGUACAAGUGACAGGACAGAGUGAAGCAACAGCCGCCCAAUACCUAGCAGUAGCCGAAGGAAACGUGGAAAAUGCAAUAACUUUGAUGUUUGAAGGAGGUAUAGCAGUUGCCGAUGAAGAAGAACAAGUGCGUGCACCCAUACCUCCCACUCGUCAAGUUCUUGUCCCAUCAGGACACAUAUGUCCUUCUGCCCAUUCAGCAUCCAACAAUGUCUUUGAUAGAUUUCGUGAUUUUGCUGUCGAAACACAAAGACAAGAAGAAGAAUUGACACGUAGGGUCGCUGGAAUGAAAAAGAUGUCUCCGAGAAAAUCAAAACGACUGGAAGACUUGUUUAGACCACCGUGUGACAUAUUGUUUCUGGGUACCUUUUCUGAAGCCCGCGAGAGAGCAAAGAUUAUCAAUCGUUGGCUACUCGUCAAUGUACAAAACCCCCAAGAAUUUGCAUGUCAGAUACUCAACAGAGACUUAUGGCCUAAUGAACAAAUCAGAGGCAUUGUCAACGAUCAUUUUGUUUUGUGGCAGAUACAGUCGAACACUGUAGAUGGAAAACGAUAUAUCGAUUUCUACAAUGUAUCAAAGUAUCCCUACUUGGCCAUAAUUGAUCCAAGAACAGGAGAAUGUAUGAGAGCGUAUAACAAUAUUAGCGUGGAUACUCUCGCGGCUGAAUUGAAUGAUAUGCUGAGUAUCCAUCCGUCACCCUCGUCAUCAGACACCACAGCUAAUCCUCAGGACCUGCUUAAGACUGCUGCAUCACCAUCGUCCAAUGAUUUCCGUAAUGGUCGCAUCAAAUCAUCGUCGAAACGCCGUUCUCUGAUGAAUCUGAUCGAACCAAUCAACAAUCCUGAUAGAUGUGAAGAACCUGAUAACACUAACGAGAAAACCGAUCGUCGUUCGGCGGCGACUAACAGCAUCGAUAGCGUGGCAUCUAGCAGUAACUAUAAUACUCUGAGCGAUAGCCAAUUCGACAUGCCUAGGAAACGAUCGAAGAUGGAGAGUUCCGAAAGAAUAAACGAAAAAGCAGACCUCGCUACGACCGUGCCAAACGAGCAAAAGAGUAUCGUCCGAAAUCAUGAAAUUGAAGCUACGUCGAGCGGAAAACUACAAUUACAGGAAACAAACUGCGAUAAACCGUCGCUGCGGCUAUGUUUACGUCUACCAAACGGUGGGAAAGAAGCCAUUUCUAUGUAUGGCAAUGAUACUAUUGCGAUCUUCAUGAAAAGAAUGGAAGAUAUUGGCUAUCCGGCAACGGAGUACAUUUACUUAAUACCAUUUCCGAAAACGAAUGUAAAUACUCUCCCACUAGAUAUGCAACUUUCCGAUACGGUCCUUUAUCCUUCCAAUACGAUAUUCAUCACAAAGAUAUAAUUCGUUCGUGCUAAUAAAUUACGAGACCUAUAUUCGCAGUAAUGUGGUAAAUAAAAAAUACAAAUCUUUGACCGUGUUGAAAAACAUCUGCUUCUAAUGAAGAUUUGUACGGCAUUAUUACGUUCGUACACUUAUAAAAUGGCAAAUAAAACAGAUUCUUUUCUAUUCACUUAGUUUCAGUCAUAUAAUCCAAAUGUCUUUACAUUACUUCAUUAUUGUGUAUCAUAGGAUAUGUGUGUGAUGGCCGUGCUUCUGAUAGUUAUAUGGAUGAACCAGUAUUCCAUUUCAUAAAUAUGACAUCCAACGUGCCCCGUUA